UUCAUAUAAUCCCUUUUUGGGCCAAAAAGAGGACCAGAUACAAAAACCCCUGAGGAACAAGAAACGGAAGAUUUUAUUAUUUAUUAUUAGGGUUUAAACUUUAAACAGAGGUUACAGAACACUCUCCCCCUCCUCCUCUCGUUGCAGUCACCAUGGGGGGCUCUGGAGUUCAAGUCAAUAAGGCUCACAAGGCUCGUGUCUCCUCUAAAUCUUCUCGCAAUAUCCACAAAACCUCCCUCCAAGAUAAAGGCCGGAUUAGUAAACCGGAGGGUAACCACGUUAAAGGCGCUAAAGCUGCCCGUCUUCAGCGUGCCAAGAUGGUUAGAGAGCAGAAAAGAGCAGCGGUUUUGAAGGAGAAGAGGGAAUCAGGAGGCUUAUCCAGUGCUCCUCGAGUUAUCGUCUUGUUUCCUCUCUCUGCUUCCGUGGAUUUGAACUCGCUUGGUGAAGAUGUUUUAAAGCUGUUAUCUACUGAUGGUGAUGUCACUUCUUCUUCAACAGUUGCAUCAUCUGAGUAUAAGCUACGAGCAACGGUUUUGAAGGCGCCUCAUGGGGAUCUUCUGACAUGCAUGGAAAUGGCCAAGGUUGCUGAUCUGAUCGCUUUUGUUGCAUCUGCAAACGAGGAUAUCUCUAGCUUGAUAGAUUCAUUCGGAAGUCAGUGUCUUUCUGUGCUUAGAUCAAUUGGUCUGCCAAGUACCGCUGUGUUGAUACGUGACUUACCCAGUGAGCUGAAAAAGAAGAAUAAGCUGAAAAAGAUGUGUGCCUCUCGGCUUGCUUCUGAAUUUCCUAAGGAUUGUAAUUUUGAUCCAGCAGACACCAGAGAUGAGUUGCAUCAGUUCAUGGGAUUAUUGAAGGCACAAAGGCUUUCUAUACCACACUGGCGGAAGCAACGACCUUAUGUUGUGGCUCAGAAGGUUGGGAUGCUGGUGGAUGAUACAACCCCAGGAAAGUGCACUCUACUUCUCUCCGGUUACUUGCGUGCUCGUAAACUAUCAGUAAAUCAGCUGGUCCAUGUUACUGGCGUUGGUGAUUUUCAGCUCUCAAAAGUUGAAGUCCUGAAGGACCCAUUUCCAUUAUUAAAUGAAAGGAGAAAACAGACUUCCAUGGAAUUGGAUGAUUCACAUGAUGAAGAGGUAUUGAGGUCUUUGGUUCCUGAUCCCAUGAAACAAGAGCCUUUAGUAACUGAAAACACUCCAGAUCCAUUAGAAGGGGAACAGACAUGGCCAACUGAGGCAGAGAUGGCUGAGGCUGACAGUAAUCAGAAACAGGGAAAGCCAAAGAAGAGGAGUUUGCCACUAGGGACUUCAGAAUAUCAGGCUGCUUGGAUUAUUGAUGAGAUAGAUGAAGAGGAUUCUGAUAAUGGUGAUUCCGAUGACGAUCGUAUGGUGUUGGAUAGAGGAGAGGAUCAGUAUUCCAAUCAAGACCAAGAUUUUGAGGAUGAUAAAGAAACACUGUACGUGCAGGAUAUGGAUAAUGAAACUCAUAAUGACUCGGAGAUGAUGGACGAUGAAAACUUGACAAGAGAACAAUAUGAGGAUCAAAUCAAGAAAAUCAAAGAGGCACAUGCUGAGGAUGAGGAAUUUCCAGAUGAGGUGGAGACUCCCAUUGAUCAGCCUGCAAGAAAACGUUUUGCAAAGUACAGGGGUCUCAAAUCCUUCAGAACCUCCCCGUGGGAUCCAAAUGAGUCUCUACCUCAGGACUAUGCCAGAAUCUUUGCUUUUGAUAACGUCGCUAGGACUCAAAAGCUUGUGCUCAAGCAAGCCCUGAAGAUGGAAGAAGAAGAAGAAGAAAGCAGAGAUGAUUGUGUACCAACUGGGUCAUAUGUACGGCUGCAUAUUAAGGAAGUGCCUCUUGUUGCUGCCUCUAAACUAUCAUCCAUUGUUAGCACGAAACCCAUUAUAGCAUUUGGGCUUUUGCAACAUGAAUCCAAGAUGUCGGUUCUGCGCUUUAGCUUAAAGAAGUAUGAUGGUUACGAAGAUCCUAUUAAAACAAAAGAGGAGCUAAUGUUCCAUGUUGGUUUCCGUCAGUUCGUUGCAAGGCCAGUAUUUUCAACCGACAAUAUCAGUUUAGACAAACAAGUGAUGGAGAGGUUUCUGCAUCCAGGCCGUUUCUCAUUGGCUUCAGUAUACGGCCCAAUAUCCUUCCCAUCCCUUCCUUUGGUUGUUCUGAAGAUUUCUGACGCUGAUGCUCCUGCUUUUGCUGCCUUUGGUUCCUUGAAAAGCAUUGAACCCAGCAAAAUAGUUUUAAAGAAGAUAAUAUUAACUGGGUAUCCUCAGAGAGUAUCAAAAAUGAAAGCAUCAGUAAGAUAUAUGUUCCAUCAACCUGAAGACGUUAGAUGGUUUAAGCCUGUAGAAGUGUGGACAAAAUGUGGGCGUCGUGGUCGCGUGAAGGAGCCAUUGGGCACACAUGGGGCAAUGAAAUGCAUAUUCAAUGGAGUGGUGCAGCAACAUGACGUUGUGUGCAUGAACUUAUACAAGCGUGCUUAUCCCAAAUGGCCCGAGCGUAUGUACCCGCAGCUUCUGUGAUUCUAAUUAAUAGAAAUGAAGUUGUUGAUGUUGUUCAAGUUUCUUUGAAUUCAAAUUCUUACUUUUGAUAACUUUAUGGACCUGGUUUUGUGAAGUCCUCUGGUUUUGUCAUGUAUGUGUUAAAUAUAAGGAGGCAGUAGAAAAGCUAA